GACAGUCCUGUGACGUCAUCGCGGCAAACUCUUUUUUCAAAAUGGCUCGUCACUUUCUGUUUGGAACUGUUAUAACAUUAGUGAUUCUCACUUUCACGUCUCCGGCAAAAGUUACUUUAAGCAAAGAUGAAUGUAAUCCUCCAGACUAUAUUCGUCUACUUAAUGAAACCAACUUUAAAGUCAAUGAAUGUUCAUUAACAAAACUGAUCAUCUUUUGCCAUCCUGGACAGAAAAAGGCAGGGUGGAACUUAUGGGUGAAUCCCCAUGUGCUGCUGAAAGGCAUAGACAAUGGUAUGCCUCCCCAUGAUCUGGUCGUUUUUUAUGGAAACAACAUGUCUGAUGUUAAACAUCGCAUGACUGCCAAGCAAUAUUUUAACUGGAAUUCCUUCAUGCUUCUGAAAGAAGAAUACCAGCUUUCCCCGUUUAACAACAGCUGUAUUAGUUUCAAAUCAUCUGCACCGUAUACAGUGCAUUUCCGAAUCAAAAAUCCAGAUUUCUGGUACAUUACUUACGUUUUACUGGGUAUCAUUAUUUUCUUCUGUGCACCGUCAUGGAGCAGGAACAGCCUUUUUCACUAUGGAACAGGCAUUUCAUUUGGUGUGCUUGCUUCAUUCCUCAUUGUCUUCUUCGUUCUAACUCGUCUUUUACCACAGCGUUUAAAAACUAUAAGUUAUAUCGUAAUGCUGCUCAGUGGCUCAGCUUCACUGUUCAUGGUACAACUGGUCAAGAACUACUUGUUUGAGAUCAUUCAAAUCCAUUGGCAGCUGUUCCUUAGCUACGUAGGAAUUUCAGCAUUAGUGAGCUUUAUUAUCGUCUAUCGCUGGGGUCCCAUUACAGAAACUCGCACUUUAAACCUAGUGCGCUGGAUUCUUCAGGCCUUGGGUUUGAUUCUGAUCUACCAAGGUACUCAAAUUGCUGAAGCUUCUGUAGCUAUUAUCUUGCUGGUGAUAACAGUGUACCUAAGUCCACGCACUGUUCCCAACUGGAUCAAGUUUGCCUGGUACAAGAUCUUCCCGCCAAAGGUUUGCCUUUUGACAGAGGAUGAGUAUAACAAGGAAGGAGAGGAAGAGACACUGAAAGCACUAAAAGAACUCCGGGAGUACUGCCGCAGUCCACAGUGUAAUGCAUGGAAUACAGUUGGUCAGCUUUCAUCCCCUUCUCGGUUUGCUAAGUUUAUUGCUGGAGACUCCCAUGUGACUGAUGAUGAAAUCGAGCAACACACCAUGUUUGUGCAGUCUAACGAUUUCAGUGACAUUGAGGAUGAGGUGUCUGCUGGAGGGGAUAAUGCACAGUUUGAGCAGCCAGACUUCCCUCGGCCCCAAUUCAACUAUAAUCUACCCCCUUCUUUUGAACUCAAUGAUAGUGAUUCUGAUUAUGAAUCUGAACCUAACAACCGAUAUCAUCAUUUGUCUUUAGCAUGACAAUGCAUAGUAUUCCAGGCAAAUUGGCAUGCAUGAAUAGUUGCUACAUAACAUCAUUUUUCACACACUAUAAUUGCAGUGUUAGAGUACUGACAUUUCAGCUUUAGUAUUAGUAAGCAGAGUAUUGUUGUGCACUUUUUUUUUUUUUAAGAUGUACUGUAGUAGCUUGAUUUUUUUUUAAACUCCCUUCCUUCUCGUUUAAUGAAGACAGGGGCCAUCAGUUAUUCGGUGUCCAGUCACUUAAUCCCCAGACACUUCAUCCCCGACACUUCAUCCCCGACACUUCAUCCCCUAGACUUUUAAUCCCCAGACACUUCAUCCCCGACACUUCAUCCCCGACACUCAAG